AUGUCCCGAUACGCAGAAGCUCAUUCGAAUCCCGCUGGCCCCGGUGACGCUCGUCCAACAGCUCUCCAGGUUAUCAAGGACGAAGGAGUAGAGGGCAAGCUAGCCGGAAAGGUUAUUGUCAUCACGGGCACUUCGUCUGGAAUAGGGAUCGAGACAGCUCGUGCCCUGUCCUUGACUGGAGGAAGGCUGUUGUUGACGGCACGCGACCUGCGCAAAGCCGAGUCUGCUUUGGACGGAAUCCUCGAACCCGGACGCGUUGAACUUGUGGAGAUGGACAACACUUCCUUGAGCAGUGUGCGUGCCGCCGCGAAUGCCAUUCUCCAAAAGUCGAACAAUCAAGUCAACAUCCUUGUCAACAACGCCGGCAUCAUGGCUCUGCCCAAGUUGGAGCACACGAAAGACGGUUUUGAAAUGCAGUUUGGAGUCAACCACCUCGCCCAUUUUCUGCUUUUCGAACUCUUGAAGCCAGCUCUCCUCGCCAGCGCUGGCCCUGGAUUCUCAUCUCGAGUCGUCAACGUCUCUUCUUCUGCCCAUCAUGUGGCCUCGAUCAAUGAAUCAGGCAACUACAAUUUUGAGCAGUCUGAAUACAAUGACUGGGUUUCAUAUGGACAAUCAAAGUCCGCCAAUAUCUAUAUGGCAAAUGAGAUUGAGCGGCGCUACGGGUCGCGAGGUCUUCACGCUACCAGUGUUCAUCCUGGCAUGAUUGCAACGGGGCUUAUGCAGCAUAUGGACCCUUCAACAGUUGAGGCGUUCAAAGGGGAUGAAAAUGUGUACAAAGUUAUGAAGUCGCCAGAGCAGGGCGCUGCAACGACGGUAUGGGCUGCGAUUGGUGAAGAAUGGGAGAAGAAGGGUGGAGAAUAUCUCGCAGACUGCGGUAAGACAACCCGGGGAAACGACAACCAUGAGAUUGGUGGUUUGGGAUUCGCAGGGCAUGCUUAUGAUCCCGAAAAAGAGGCUCGGCUCUGGAAAGAUUCCUUGAAGAUGGUGGGAAUGACGGAUGAUCAGUAG